CUUUUAAACACCUUCCCUCGUUUUCUCUCUGCGCUCAAGAAAACAAAUAUUUCCUUGAACAUUUCUCCGAAGCAUCCAAACAUCGUCCAUGUAUGCGACUUAUUGUAAAUAAUCCGCGUAUUCUUAUUGCUUUGCCUGAAUUUUGCUUUGACAUAAUAAACAUACAAUUCCUUCGUUUUUAAUCAUUUGUUGCGUUCAAAGCGGGGGGUCCCGAGUGGGAGAGAGGAGUAGAGCAGGCAGAGAGGCCUUUAAAUAGGUUCAGCUCCUGCCGUCCAAUUCUUAAACACAAGCACUACGGCCGGUUGAACAGAGAGCACAUAACUAGCUUGGCUUAGCUAGCUCGAUCCAUUCCAUUUCAUCCAUGGCGCUCUCCACUCUGCUCCUUCCCACGGCCGCCUCCGCCGCCGACACCUCCGACCGCCGCCGCCAGCACCACGGCAAGCGCAAGAAGAAGCCGCCACCGUCGCCGUCGCCGAGGACGACCCCGCCGCCAGCAGCACGAACUAGUACUAGCGGAAGCCGCCACCGCGCCGCCGCGUCGCCCUCCAAGAUCAAGAGCCCCGCCGCCGCCAUGGAUGCCAGCUCCAAGCUCGGCGCCGCCGGAAAGAGCCACCAGCGCCACCACUCCAAGCCGUCCAAGAAGGCGGCGGCGUCUUCUUCUUCCUCCUCCUCGUCGUCUUCGUGGGAGCAGCUGAAGAGCCUGCUGAGCUGCCGCAGCGCCACGGCGGCGGCGCGCGUGCACGACCCGGCCGCAUCUUCUUCCUCGGCGCGUCUCCGUGCCGGCGGCGCCUGCGGGGCGUCGCUGUGCUCCAUCCGCGACGUGCUCAUCGACGGCGGCGCCUCCGCCUCCUCCGUCGCGUCCUCCGCCGCGCCGCUGAACCGCUCCUCUCGCCGGACCCACCGCUCAGUGACCCCGUCCAGUACCGGCGGGCACCCUUCGUCGCUGAGGGGCCUCUCCGGCUGCUACGAGUGCCGCGCCAUCAACGUCGAGCCAGUCUCAAGGCGGUAUCCGAGGCCGAGGGAGCUGUGCCCUUGCUCCCAGUGCGGCGAGGUCUUCACCAAGGCCGAGAGCUUGGAGCACCACCUGGCCAUUCGCCAUGCCGUGUCGGAGCUGGGGCCGGAGGACUCGGGGCGGAACAUCGUGGAGAUCAUCUUCAAGUCGAGCUGGCGGCAGCAGCGGCAGAGCCCCGUGGGCAUGGGCGCGGCCAUGUGCCAGAUCGAGCGCAUCCUCAAGGUCCACAACCCGGCCCGCACGGUGGCCCGCUUCGAGUCCUACCGCGACGCCGUGCGCGCCCGGUGCCGCGCGGCCACGGCGGCCACCACCCGCGCCGCCGCCGACGGCAACGAGCUCCUCCGCUUCCACCCCGCCCGCCUCUCCUGCGCCCUCGGCCUCGCCGGCUCCUCCUCCCUCUGCUCCUCCACCACCGCCGCCGACGAUACAGAUCCCCAAUCAGCUUCGGCUACUCCCUCUGGCAAUGGCGAGUGCUGCGGGGUGUGCGCGGCGAUCCGGCACGGGUUCGCGCCGUGGGCCGGGGAGCACGCGCUCGGGGUGCGCACCACGGCGAGCAGCGGCCGCGCGCAUCAGGGCGCCGGGGCUGCCGGGGAUGGGGCAGGGAGCGCGAGGGCGAUGCUGGUGUGCCGGGUGAUCGCGGGGCAGGUGAGGAAGGCCGGAGGAGAAGAAGAGGGGCUGUUCGACUCGGUGGCCGGGGAGGAGGAUGGCGGCGGCGCGUAUGGGAGCAUGGAGGAGCUCUUUGUCGCCAACCCGAGGGCCAUCCUGCCCUGCUUCGUCGUCAUCUACCGUGUCGCAGCUCCCUCAUGUUGACACGUACACAAAACUCUACUGUAUUAUCGAUAUAUACCUUUUGUUGUACUUAACUACAGUACUACGGAGUAAGUGUGAUUUGAUUAAUUUUGUACGUACGCGUUAAUUAGUUAGUUUUUGGCUUACAUGCUAUGUAUACUGCUAUAUGUUCGCCCACAAAGAACAGUACGUACAAGUUCACAAGUUCUUGCUUGAUUGCUUCUAUACAUGCAUGUAUACUAGUAGUGCUACGUACAUUCUAAUGGAGAUAGUGUUUGUUAGUAAUUUGGAUCAACUUUGCAGUAAGUAUCGUUUAUGAUUA